AUGCUCCUCCUCCGCCCACGAUGCGCCCUCCUCCCCCGCACCCUCCAUAGCUACACCUCACAACAACAACGAACCCUCCUCACCCUCGCCAUCGAAUCCUCGUGCGACGACACCGCCGUCGCCAUCCUCACUCACUGCCCACCGUCCACACAGCUCCUCUUCAAUGAGCGCAUAUCCUCCGACAACCGCGCCUUCAAGGGCGUCCACCCCGUAAUAACCGUCCAAGGACACAACUCGUCCCUUGCGCCGCUAGUUCAAAAGGCCCUGCAGCACCUUCCCGACGCUUCAACCUCUUCACCUACCAUUCGCAUCCCAACACGGCAUGGAUCGCUUCUCAAGCAACGACCCGACUUUGUCUCCGUAACAAGAGGACCUGGUAUAAUGGCCAAUCUAGCAGUGGGAUUAAACAUGGCCAAGGGUCUAGCUGUAGCGUGGGAUGUUCCCCUCGUAGGCGUUCACCACAUGCAGGCUCAUGCUCUGACGCCGCGGCUCGUUCGAGCACUGAACCAACGUCCCGGCCCUGAGUUUCCAUUCCUCUCGCUCCUCGUGUCAGGGGGCCAUACCCAACUCGUCCACUCGACAGCAUUGACGAAGCACCAAAUAGUCGCUACGACGGGGGACAUCGCCAUCGGUAACCUCCUCGACCAGACGGCACGGGUGAUUCUCCCGCCUGAAAUCCUCGACGCCAGCCCAGACGUCAUGUACGGACGGCUCCUCGAAUCAUUCGCCUUCCCCACCGAAGACUACUCCUUCUUCGAACCAGCUGCAUCUCGCUCCGACGAGAUUACCCCCCUCCCAACAGGCUACGAGUGGACCAUCCCUCUCCCCUUCCGUAAUACUCGCCGGCUCGCAUAUUCCUUCUCCAGCAUCCACACGCACGUCCAUCGGAUAGCGGCCGCCAAUCCCACCAUGUGUGUUGACCAGCGCCGCUCUCUAGCACGACACACCAUGCGUGCUGCGUUUCAGCACCUCUGCUCACGCCUCAUUCUCGCCUUGGAAGAUAGACCGGAGCUACGACCCGCUGCGCAGACGAUAGUUGUGGCCGGGGGCGUCGCAUCAAAUAAGUUCCUCAUGCAUGUUUUGAGGGAAACGCUGCGGGUGAGGGGUUAUCCGGACGUGGAGAUCGUUGUGCCGCCCGUCAAGUUUUGCACGGAUAAUGCGGCCAUGAUUGCGUGGACGGGCAUGGAGAUGUUUGAACGGGGGUGGUGUUCGGAUUUGGGUAUCUUGCCUGUGGGGAAGUGGCCAAUGGGGAUGGAGGGUGGUGAUGGAGAUGGGAUCUUGGGCGUUGGGGGGUGGUUGAGGCGGCAGAAGUAG